AUGUCGGAGGACAAGCUAACGGAGCAGUACAUCCAGGACGCGUUCCAUCGAUACCUCCGCUCCUCACUCACACAAGCCAAAAUUGAGAAACUUGUCGAUCCAGAGAUUCUCGCGAGUGCAGAGGGCGAUCUCAUGAUAACGGGCCCCGCACUCUGCCUCUACUUUGCUGCUCUCAGAUGUACAACCAAUCCCCCAUCCGUCCCCCUCCCGCGCACAUCCAAGACCGCCGUUCCUAUGGAACUCGCCGAGGGAAACUGCCCCGAAUCCUUCCUCGGCUUCCUCAGCGUCUGGGCCACCACUGUGCCGCGCAUACAAGCGCUCGCCCCACAGCACCAACACGACCUCGCCCGCAUCAUCUGCAACCUCCAACCGAUCUCCUCUCCCCUUGACAACUCCAUCGGCGGGCUCGCAGCCGACCUACGCGCCGUGGCGAUCGAGAUCAGCCAGCGCCGCUCCUUCCAGAACCGGUACGCAGACGACCUGCAGGCCGCGCUCGAUGCCGGCGCGCCAGGCGGUGCCAGCACGCUCAAGGUCAAGGCGAGCUUUGUGCCCCCGCCGAGCUACGAGAUGGCGAGUCCGACGGGAAGCACGAUGUCUCUCCCUCGGAGCCCGAGCCCCGCUCUCUCGAUCCUUCCAGACGACGCGCCCGCCAUCGAGCUCAUCCGCGAGACGCUCUACGCCGCGCUCGCGGACGUCCUCGAGCGGAGCAAGCCCCUGCACGACAUGAUGCAGCGCGACCCAUCCCGGGCCUACUUCGCCGCCGUCUCAUUCGCCAUUCUGGACGUGGCGACGACGAGCGUCACGUCCGAGGGCAGCGUCGUCGGCGUGCUCGGGCGCGAGCUCACGCUUGCCGAGUGUCCCCCGCCGCUGAAGCCGUUCAUGAGUGAGCUCGCCGCGAUCGGGCGCAAGGCACGCGAGAUGGAGGAGGAGGACACGGAGACGGCGAUGCAGUACGCGCAGCGCGGGGACGAGGCGGAUAUCCCGCUGCCGCGCCUCGAACGUGCCCGCGCGAUGAUCGAGGGCGGCGUGGGCAAUCGCGCGGACCGCGAGCGCGAGCGCGACGGGCGGCGGAGCGUCGAGGGCCGUGCGGUCGAGUUUUCGAAUAGGGUGAAUGCACUGGGGCUGGGCAUCACGAAGCUCAAGGCGUUCCGCGAGCGGCAGAACGAGGUGUUUAAGGUGCUUUCGAGUAUAGGCGCAUGAGCGUGGCCUGUGCUCGCGAGCAGAGGACUGCUGUGAUGUGGAUGGACUGACUGUCUUAGAUUGUGUAACCUACUUAUGGAUUGGCUAACCCUACACUGACCUGUAUCGCGCGCUGUAUCACUUCACUUUUCACUCCCGCCCAUUGUAUCUUCCCCGCGCUCUGUAUCGAUACCCAGCUCUCUUACUAUUUAUAAGCCUACGAUACGUCUAAUCAUUAUAUGCUCCGCUUCAUGGAAUAGACAAUUAUACCAGCUUAGUACCGCC